AUGUCAGGAAAAGGACCAGCACAAAAAUCACAAGCUGCAAAGAAAACAGCAGGAAAAACUUUGGGACCAAGGCACAAAAGAAAAAGAAGAACAGAAUCUUUUUCACUUUACAUUUUUAAAGUUUUAAAACAAGUCCACCCAGAAACAGGAGUAACGAAAAAAAGCAUGAACAUUAUGAAUUCAUUUAUCAAUGAUAUUUUUGACAGAUUAGUUACUGAAGCAACUAGAUUAAUUCGUUACAAUAAAAAAAGAACUUUGUCAUCACGUGAAAUUCAAACUGCAGUUAGAUUACUUUUACCUGGUGAAUUAUCAAAACAUGCUGUUUCAGAAGGUACAAAAGCUGUAACAAAAUACACUACCAGUGGUGCAUAA